AUUUUAUUGGACUUUCUCUUUGAACCCAUUUGGAGAUUCUUACUUUUGUCACUGUUGCAUUGAUUUUGUUAAACCAAAAGUUUGCAACUUUUUCUUCUACUUUGAGGGUUUGAUCAAUGCGAGUGUUUUAAAGGCAAAAAGAUUGCGUGUUCUUGCGAGAGAUUGUAUCUUUCUUGUUCCUCAAUUUCUCUGUUAUUUGACUUGCAAAGCGUGCCGUAAUCACACAUGGACCCUGAGAAAUGGUUGGAUGUCCAUAUUCAUGAUUACCUUGUAAAGAGGGGUUUCAAUGUCUGUCCUCCCGCAUUCAAAGUUGAGGCAAGUUUAAACCCUGACUUCAAUGCUAUCGAUGUCCCUGCUAGUUUUCUCUUUGAGUUGUGGUCAGUGUUUUGGAAUGUAACGAAUAUCUUGAUCACAACUGGAGGAGACAUUGAUGAUGCUGUUGCAUCUUGCAUUGAGAACAUGAAGGCUCUGUUGACGUGGGCAAUGGAGUAUCAACAACAGCAGGGUGGCCGAUUAGAGCAGAUUGCAUUAAGGAGAAGGCACCGUAUGUCCUCAGAAACUACAAAUGGCAAGUAAACAUUUUUUUUUCAGUUUACCUGAGCCUGCAAAUUUCUGAAAUUUACACUAUCCUAUUUCGGUGAUAGCAUGACUAGAUGUUAUGUUAAAACUACUGAAAAUGUGGAUUGCUGCAAACAUCAUUGCAAAAACAUUCUUUUAUCAUGCUUGGAAGAAAUUAACUUUUCAGUUAAUUGUAUGUGAUCCCAUUUCCGAGUAGUGUAAUAAACUCUUCAAAGAAGUUAUUCUGACUGGGUGGGAUUUAUGCUAUCCAGAGCUCAGACUUGCAGAAGUGAAUUCCAUCGACGCUAGUUCUAGUAUGGUCAUUGCUUGCCACUUCUCAGCAGACGGCAAGCUGCUUGCAACCUCUGAUCACGACAAAAAGGCCGUUCUAUGGCACACCAACACUUUGGAGGGAAAAGCUACACUUGAAGAACACACGUCGGUUAUAACUGAUAUCCGUUUUAGUCCUUGCAUGAUGCGCCUUGCUACAUCAUCUCUCGAUAAAACUGUCAGAGUCUGGGAUACAAACAAUCCACACACUUCACUUUGUAAGUUUACCAGACAUAAUUGCGGUGUAAUGUCACUGGAUUUCCAUCCCAACAAAGAUAUUGUGUGUUCUUCCGAUGCCAAUGGAGAGAUAAAAUACUGGAGUGUUAACAGUGGUGGCUGUGCGACAGUUUUCAAGGACUGCGCUUGCCAAGUGAGAUUCCAGCCCCUUAUUGCUAGAUUCUUAGCCGCAGCUACUGCGAAUGCUGUAUUGAUUCUUGAUGCAGAGACACAAACAUGUUACCAUACUCUGAAGGGUCACCAAGAACCUAUUCAUUCAGUUUGCUGGGACCAUUCCGGAGAGCUGUUGGCAUCCGUCAGCGACAAGUCAGUGAGAAUUUGGACAAUGGGGACUGGAAAUGAAUGGGUUUGUCUGAAUGAGCAUAAGAGUGAUAGCCACAAAUUUCAUUCCUGUGUUUUCCAUCCUACGCAGUCAUCAGUGCUCGUUCUGGGUUGUUACCAGGCAAGUUGCUCUUCUUUUAACACUCAACACCCCGCCCAAAUUCAUUUUCUCAACUCGAAUGUGGUUACUUACAGUCACUGGAGACCUGGAACUUCAUUGACAACACUGCAAAGCGCGUACCUGCACAGCAAGGAGUGAUUGCUUCGUUGGACGCAUCCACUGUGUCGGGUAUGAUUGUUUCUGCUAGUCAUGACAAAAUUGUCAAGGUAUGGAGAUGAGGGUGCUGCUUCUCCUUGUGUUUUGAUCUUUACUCCAACUUGUCAGCAUUUCUGCUGUGGACCUGCCUGAUAACACCACCGAGACAAAAAAAUGCAGUGCUAUAUUCCUCGUGCAAACUUCACAACCAAUCUUGCAUACUUUUUUCUGCUAUUACAGCCUCGUAUGUGUCUUGAUGGUGUUAACUGGUCCCAGAUUAUUCACUUCCGAUCUGACUUGUAAUCCUGUGUGUGUAUACUUCUUGUGGUCUAAUUUCUUCUGGGGAUUUCCACGUUGACCCCAACCUCAAGGGCUGUGAUUUGAUCAAAUCUCGGAAACUGUCUACUAUUCCUGGCCUUCGGUUCGUACUUAUUUUGUUAUAGCAUUCAGUAACGUUCUAUAAUCUAGAAUACAAUUGGGAAGCAGUAAAGCAGCAUUGGCAAGACCAAAGAAAAGCAACAGACCUCGCAGGCCCGUUCAAAACUCAACUUAGAUUCAGUAGUAAUUGCCAGCACUCAAUCACAACUUUCAAGACAAUACACCAUUAUCCGUCUACCUUUCUGCCGCCCCCCCCCCCCCCC